UCUGUCAAUGCAAUACUUUUGAUGCAUGUUGUGCUCUGCACUUGUGCUAUGCUUCGCUAUUCCGUCCAGCUUUAGCUCGACCAUUUUCGUGGUAAAGAACUCUAAAAGCUCGUUGGAAUCCACAUGUUUGGUCUAAUGUUCGAUAAAUACGUCCUCAAAUCCACCUCACUCUACCCAGUCGAGCUGCGCUUCUUCAGUCAACACCACCCACUGCACUAGUACUAGCCAAGCCGGUGUCUUCUCUUCUGGCAACCUGAGUAGCUUCAGAGAUAUGGCACUAGCUGGUAGGCUGCUCGUCCUGCUCGCCGUCGUUCUCCUCGCCGUCUCCAUCGCCGAACACAAGGCGUCUGCUUCACGAACUGAAGAGCAGCUCCAGGAUAAUGAGCACCAGGGAGGUCACGGUAGUCUUAAGAUAUACGAGUGCAAGUCGAAGUGCGAUUACAGGUGCAGCGACACCAAGUACAGGAAGCCGUGCCUCUUCUUCUGCAACAAGUGCUGCAGGACCUGCCGGUGUGUGCCGUCAGGCUUCUACGGCAACAGGGAGGAGUGCGCCUGCUACAAUGACUGGAAGACCAAGGAGGGAGAGCACAAGUGCCCUUGAUUACAAGAGGUGGCGUCUUCUUCUGACACCUACAACCAGUGCCAUAGCUAUAUCAGCCAAGCCUGAGCUGGUUAGUUUAUGUGUAACGGGUUUAGCUUUUGCUGGCGUCAGUGGGCUGUAUUGUUUGUAGGAGUAUGUGGUGCGAUCUGCCCGCCUGAUCUGCGAUUCCAGAGGGCGGCGCACGCAGAGUUGUAUCGUCGGAUUCACCAUUUGUUUCAGAGUUCGAACACACGCGAAAAUCACAGUUUGUUACAAGAGGGUGU